UUACAUUUUCUUUCCUCAAAUCUUGUUUCUUCAGGGAAUCCAUUGGGGGGGUUUCGUAGACCUCGUGUCGGACGAUCUGGUUCUAUUUCGCACUGUCACACUUUGAAUCGUCUUCGACCCCGGGCUCGAUCCGAGAAAUCAAAAUCCGAAUAGAGAAGAGAGGGAUAGAGCAGCGGCAGCAUGUUUCUGCUGGACUGGUUCUACGGAGUCCUGGCGUCGCUCGGUCUCUGGCAAAAGGAGGCGAAGAUCUUGUUCCUAGGCCUCGAUAAUGCCGGAAAGACCACCUUGCUCCAUAUGUUGAAAGACGAGCAAUCCCAACCAGAGCACUUGUGUUAUUUCGCAUAUUGCAAACCUGGAGUGCAGGAGCAGGUGAAACGGGCCACAUCCUCAUUGAGAUUGGUACAGCACCAGCCAACACAGUAUCCUACAUCGGAGGAGUUGAGUAUUGGGAAAAUCAAGUUCAAGGCAUUUGAUUUGGGAGGACAUCAGAUUGCUCGCAGAGUCUGGAAGGAUUACUAUGCCAAAGUUGAUGCUGUGGUGUACCUGGUGGAUGCCUAUGACAAGGAGAGAUUUGCGGAAUCGAAAAAGGAACUGGAUGCACUCCUUUCUGAUGAGGCCCUCGCUGACGUCCCUUUCCUUAUUUUGGGAAACAAGAUUGAUAUACCUUAUGCUGCCUCGGAAGAUGAAUUGCGAUACCAUCUUGGUCUGACCAACUUCACCACUGGCAAAGGGAAGGUAAACCUGGCAGACUCUAAUGUCCGUCCAUUAGAGGUUUUUAUGUGCAGCAUCGUACGAAAAAUGGGUUAUGGUGAUGGUUUCAAGUGGCUCUCUCAAUACAUCAAAUAGGAUAGUGGUCAGCAAGAUACUUGUGGCCCCUGCACCUGGAAGUCCCACCAAAGCACACCCCAGGCUACCCAUAAAAAUGUAUCAAAUUCCCCGUUUGUUUUAGCCUCUAAGUGGCUUUAAAUUAGAUGUAUUUUGUUUGGAAGUGCGUGGAAGGAGGUUUUAUUGUCACUGCCCUGUAAGUUUACUUGUAACAGCAAAUCUUUCAUGGCUUUGUAAUUUGUCAUUAAACCUCUUCAUUUACUAUAUAUUUUGAUAGUCAUAAAAUGGAAAACUGUAUUUGUUAUUA